AUGUCGCAUGGGAAACGCCCAGAACAUAUUGCUCCCCCAGAAAUAUAUUACAAUGAAAAGGAAGCUGAGAAGUAUACUUCAAAUUCUCAUAUGAUAGAAAUUCAAACAAAAUUAUCGGAAAGAGCAUUUGAGCUUUUAGCGCUGCCUGAAGAUCAACCAGCUUUACUACUAGAUAUUGGCUGCGGUUCUGGCCUCAGCGGUGAAGUCUUAACAGAGAACGGUCAUUCAUGGAUCGGCAUAGACAUCAGUGAGGCCAUGUUAAAAGUUGCGCUAGAACGGGAAUCUGAGGGAGAUCUUCUUCUCGGUGAUAUUGGUGAACUUCUUCCUUUCCGAGGUGGUUCCUUUGACGGAGCCAUCAGUAUUUCAGCCAUUCAGUGGUUGUUUAAUGCUGAGAGAUCUGACCAGAAUCCGAUCAGUCGUAUUCGGAAUUUUUUUUCUUCGCUUUAUUCCUCCCUUUCACGUGGGGCGCGAGCAGUUUUGCAAUGCUACCCGGAGAGCUCAACGCAGUUGGAUCUCUUGCAGACUGAAGCCAUUCGAGCUGGUUUUACCGGAGGCAUUGUUGUAGACUUUCCCAAUAGUACAAGGGCAAAGAAGUAUUUUAUGGUGCUGGACGUCGGUGUGGUGCGCACAGUUCCCAAAGCUAAGAUUAGUGAAAACAGCACGAGUACUGUUUCCAUGAUCAGCAUUGUGGAGCAGCGUCGGCGCACACAGGCGGAGCUACGGGACGCUCGACUACGCGGUCGGUGUCCCAAAAAGAGUGUCGCGUGGAUCCGACAGAAGAAGGAGCUCGCCCGGCGUCGCAUGAAAGACGUGGCUCAUGACUCCAAGUACACGGGACGUAAGCGGCGCCCGCGGUUCUAA